CGAACAAUUAUCACCUGUGUACCAUCUGUCCACUCGGAGCUUCCUAAUGCCAAGUAGUUUGUCAUUAAAAUGUUCGCAAACAAGUUUGGCCGUACUAUAUUAGGGUUGUACUUCCGCAGCGCAGAGUCCGUAUGCGGUGUCCAGAGUAACGUGGGUCGGAACCGUUUCAUUUGGACUGUGGCGUGUAAACGGCGGACGCUGUCGGUCCGGAUGAAUUCUGAGGAGAGGACACAACAGCACGCCUUGCUCCACCAAGGCAGUACUCGAGCAGUCCAUCAAACCACAGUGGACCCUGAUGAGCUGAAAUAUUUCCGAUCACUGGCCAUCAAGUGGUGGGAUGAAAAUGGCGUGUUCAGGGCCCUUCAUGCCAUGAAUGACCUGAGAGUGCCUUUCAUAAGAGAUAAUCUGAAUGUGCACAAAGCACAUCAUCCUGGGAAACCACUUGCCGGACUGAGAGUACUAGAUGUUGGCUGUGGAGGCGGACUGCUCACUGAGCCCCUUGGUCGCCUUGGAGCCAAUGUGUUGGGUAUAGACCCAGUGGAAGAAAGCAUCGGCACGGCACAGCUGCAUUUGUCGUAUGACCCCGAUCUUAGCGAGCGGGUCAGCUAUCGGGCAUGCACCCUGGAGGAGCUGUCGGCAGAUGUGGCGGAACGAAAAGCGGGCCGGGGAGACGUCCUGUUUGAUGCCAUCGUAGCAUCCGAGGUUGUGGAACAUCUGGCCGAACUGGAGACAUUCGCCUUCUGCUGCGGACGCGUACUGAAGCCCGGCGGCUCACUCUUCAUCACCACCAUUAAUAAAACCAACCUGUCAUACGCGCUGGCUAUCGUGGUGGCUGAGCAGCUGCUGCGCAUCGUUCCCAGGGGGACGCAUGACUGGGAAAAGUUUAUCAGCCCAAUAGAACUGGAGCGCCUUCUGGAGUCCAAUGGUUUCUCAGUGAAGUCGGUCCAAGGUCUGAUGUACAACCCAGCCUCAGGAGCCUGGAGCUGGAUCAACAGCGACGCCAUCAAUUAUGCCCUGCAUGCUGUCAAACUGGCUGAGGAGCCCCAGUCAGACCCCCAAACAGGCAGCCUCACAUAGCUGAGCCACUGAACAUGACAGAGAUCGGUCAAGAAAUUUGAGACAAUUGCUGAUUUGAACAUCUAGGCAGCAGACAAUUAUUUAAAUGAGUUUGUUAGGAGCAGAGCUGCAGCUCCACACUGCAUCUGUUUGAAUGCUCAUGGCUCCUAUUUAAUAAUUCCAGCUUGACUCCCUGAAUAUGCAGGACAUGAGUCAAACAUGUUAUUUUAUUUGUCUGGAAUGCUAACAAUAAGCACAAUUCUGUGUGAUUUGGCACCACAAUGCUAUUUUUAGCAUGAAAGGAGCAAGAGGGGGCAGUCACAUGCUCUGAGAGUGGAAAGCGGUUCACGUGUCUGUAUUACGUAAUAGGAAUAAAAGCAAUGGCAUCGAAUAAGUCACAUUUGUCGGAUGUCUAAAAAAUUGUGCUGUAAGGCUGAGUGUGUUUUCAAUUACACUAAAUGUACAGUGGGUACGGGAAGUAUUCAGACCGCCUUAAAUUUUUCACUGUUAUAUUGGAGCCAUUUGCUAAAAUCAUUUAAGUUUAUUUCUUUCCUCAUUAAUGUACACACAGCACCCCAUAUUGACAGAAAAAAACAGAAUUGUUUAAUUUUUUGCAGAUUUAGUAAAAAAGAAACGCUGAAAUAUCACACAGCCAUAAGUGUUACAACCCUUUGCUGAGUAUUUAGUAGAAGCACCCUUUUGAGCUAAUACAGCCAUGAGUCUUUUUGAGAGUGAUGCAACAUGUUUUUCCACACCUGGAUUUGGGGAUCCUCAACCAUUUCUCUUUGCAGAUCCUCUCCAGUUCUGUCAGUUUGGCUGUCCAACGUUGGUGGACAGCCAUUUUCAGGUCUCGCCAGAGAUGCUCAAUUGGGUUUCAGUCAGGGCUCUGGCUGGGCCAUUCAAGAACAGUCACGGAGUUGUUCUGAAGCCAUUCCUUCGUUAUUUUAGCUGUGUGCUUAGGGUCAGUCUUGUUGGAAGGUGAACCUUCGGCCCAGUCUGAGGUCCUGAGCACUCUGGAGAAGGGUUUCGUCCAGGAUAUGCAUGCACUUGGCCGCAUUCAUCUUCCUUUGAUUGCAACCAGUCGUCCUGUCCCUGCAGCUGAGAAAACCCCCCCACAGCAUGAUGCGGCCACCACCAUGCUUCACUGUUGGGAAUGGAUUGGACAGGUGAUGAGCAGUGCCUAGUUUUCUCCAUACAUGCCACUUAGAAUAAGGCCAAAAAGUUCUAUCUUGGUCUCUUCAGAGCAGAGAAUCUUAUUUCUCACCAUCGUGGAGUCCUUCAGGUGUUUUUUUUCCCCCAGCAAACUCCAUGUGGGCUUUCAUGAGGAGUGGAUUCCGUCGGGCCACUCUGCCAUAAAACCCCAACUGGUGGAGGGCUGCAGUGAUGGUUGACUUUCGAGAACCUUCUCCCAUCUCCUGACAGCAUCUCUGGAGCUCAGCCGCAGUGAUCUUGGGUUCUUCUUUACAUCUCUCACCAAGGCUCUUCUCCCCCGAUUGUUCAGUUUGGCCCGACAGCCAGCUCUAGGAAGGGUUCCGGUCAUCCCAAACGUCUUCCAUUUAAAGAUUAUGGAGGCCACUGUGCUCUUAGGUACCUUAAGUGCAGCAGAAUGUUUUUUGUAACCUUGGCCAGAUCUGUGCCUUGCCACAAUUCUGUCUCUGAUCUCUUCAGGCAGUUCCUUUGACCUCAUGAUUCUCAUUUGCUCUGACAUGCACUGUGAGCUGUAAGGUCUUAUAUAGACAGGGGUGUGGCUUUCCUAAUCAAGUCCAAUCAGUAUAAUCAAACACAGCUGGACUCCAAUGAGGGUGUAGAACCACCUUAAAGAUGAUCAGAAGAAAUGGACAGCACCCGAGUUAAAUAUAUGAGUGUCCAGCAAAGGGUCUGAAUACUUAUGGCUGUGUGAUAUUUCAGUUUUUGUUUUUUAAUAAAUCUGCAAAAAUGUCAACAAUUUCGUUUUUUUCUGUCAAUAUGGGGUGCUGUGUGUACAUUUAAUGAGGAAAAAAUGAACUUAAAUGGCUGCAAUAUAACAAAGAGUGAAAGAUUUAAGGGGGUCUGAAUACUUUCCGUACCCACUGUAUUCUGUGGGAGUCCAACAUAAUAAAGGCGGGGAAACAAUUAUUUGAUCCACGCUGUCUUUUAGUAAGCUCACUUCAAAAGAAUUUAACUCAAUCUCCAAUUUCUAUGCUUGUUUAUUGAUUGAUAGUUGGCAGAAUAUCGGUCAAAAAUGUAGGGGGAAAAAUGUGUAAAUGAUGUAAAUUCAAAAUCAAGCUGUGGAUGGCAUGACAAAAACAUAUUGUCAGGGCAACAGAGUUCUACUUGAGAAAAAAAGCAUAUAUGGUCAUGGAGUGAGUGGCCCCCUCCAAACCUCAACCUGAAAGAAAAGAAAUAAUAGGAAUUAUGUAUACUCCAAGGAUUCUCAGAAUUUUUAUUUUUGGGUUAAGAAACCCCUUGCAGGGGAGAAAGUUUUCCAAGGACUCGAUUCAACAUCACCGUGUACCCCUAAAUGCCAUAGAGCCCAUUUUGAGAAACAUGGUACUUUUGUUUUUAGAGGGGGAAAAAAAGAUGUCAAGUUUGAGAAUAAAGAAUAAAGAAUAGAAUAAAGGUCUAUUUAGUCAUGAUAAAAUCUUACGAGAAUAAAGUUGUAUUUAACCAAGAUAACGUUUUAAUGUUAUGAAAUUGAUUGUAAAAUGUAACAAGCGUGAUAACGUCACA